GUUGAGACAAGUCACAUGUGAUAUAAAUAAAUUAUAAUCAUGUGAUUGUACCUAUGUGAAUCUGAAAAAUGUUUAGUUUUAGUGUCGUUACUGUUUUGAUGUUUUAUGCUGUGUGUAUAUUAGCAAACAAAAAUGUUGAAGGAUCUCAACCAACUUUACAGAAAACGGUAGAAGCCCUAUUCACGGAGAGAUCUCAAAUCAUGUACCCCGGCGCAUGUAAAUUAAUCAGAUCUUCCCUGCACCAGGCCAAAAUGUGUAAAAGGAAUCCUGGACUUUCAGAGGUUUUACAAGUAGCGAAAGACCAGGCGAUCAGAGCUUGCGAAGAAGAGUUUCGAUAUGACAGAUGGAACUGCUCUUUGGUCUUCAACAAUAAACCAAAAAGGAAUAUAUUCAAUAAGAUUUACAGAGAAACAGUAUUCAUACAUGCGUUGUUCGCAGCUUCUAUGACGCACGCUGUAGCCAAAGCGUGUGCAUCAGGAGAACUAACCAGAUGUUCCUGUUCAGGGGUUUACAGUAAAAACUCGACUUUCAAAAUGGGCGGCUGCGGCGAUGACUUCAGACAGGGGAAAAGAAUCACGCGGAAUUUUCUAGAACUCAACGAAGCGGGGAACGAUCAGAUUGGGGAGAUCUUAAAGCAGGAUGUCAUGGUCGGAGUGGACGCCAUGGCGGAACAAAUGAGAGAGGUUUGCAAGUGUCAUGGAUUUUCUGGUUCGUGUACGACUAAAACGUGCUGGAGGCGACUGGGUCCUUUCAAUUCUGUUAUGGGUUUGCUGAAGAAGCAGUUCCAUCAUGCUGUGAAGCAGAGGAUUUUUAACUAUACGACGAAAAGGGCGAUCACUCCAAGGGUGAGGAAGAAAAUGAAGGUUGAUAGGAAGAGUCUAGUUUAUUUACAUAAAACGCCUAAUCUUUGUGUGAGUACGAGUGGCAGAGAAUGCAAGGAUAGAAAUAAUUGUUCCACUUUGUGUUGUGGGAGAGGAUACGUCACGAGUCAGAAGACGGUGGUGUAUAGGUGCAGAUGUAAGAUGGUAAACUGUUGUUUUGUUAAAUGCGAUACGUGUACGCAGACUGUGAAUGUUUAUACCUGUAAAUGAUGAAUGAUCUUCGUCAUCACAUUUGGGGGAUCACGACAAUCGACAUCUGACCAAAUGAUAACUACUCGAAGUUGUGGAAACUUUAUAUUCUGCAAAUUAUCAUGUUAAAAAUUGUUGGCCGUGUGGAUUCUGGUUUCGCCGAAUAGGAAAUAAUAAUCAUCUCGUCUUAAUAGACUACUGGUAUAGAUUAGACAAAAUUAUGAAACCGCUAUAGUGAAUGAUUAUCUUCCUGACACGAAAUAUCGUUUCUGGUUCAAAAUUCUAGUAAUAUUUACUUCAGUUGCUGUACUAUUUACAAAAAAAUAUAUUAUAAUGUACACCUACUUAUUUAAAAUUUUAAAUAUGACAAUACGGUUGUUUGUAUAAUGUUAAGGUCAGGCUUAAAGUACAUUUGACUCAUAUUUAUAGAAGAUAAGAAGACUGAAUGUUUUAUGAAGUACAUACAUAGCCCAAGGGUGUGGCGUGUGGGAUGGCUGUGAUAAGCUUAGUCGGAAGGGUGGGUCCAAUGAAAACAGUUCCAAAAUUUUAGGUCUAAAUUUAGGACA